CGGGGUUAGGCCAGCGCGCGCCGGAAGUGGCGGCGGGAGCGGGAGCGCUGAGCUGUAGGCCGGUGGGGCAGCGGCCCGGAGCCGGGGGCGGGGGCGUUAGUCAUGUUUCCCUGCGGGCCCGGUAGCCCCGGAGGGGACCGUAUGGCCGGAGCCGGGACGGAGGAGCCAGCCCCCCUCGGGGAGCAGGCGACAGCCGUCGUGCUGCUCGCUGCCCCGCUCUGGCCGCCGCCGCCAGGGGCUGACGCAGCCCCUCCCCUGUCGCCCUCCAGGAGCCCUCGCUGCCCCGGCAGCCCCUCGCCGUCCCCGGCCGCGCGCGCCGCGGGAGCCCCGAAGGCUUCCGCGGCUCCCGCCCCAGGAAAGGCGCCUCAGCCCUCCCCGCCGCGCCGGCGAGCUGGGCCGGACUGCGGGGCCGGCGGCCUGGGCGGCCCGGGGGCCCGGCUGUUCGGGUGGCUGCGGGAGCGCUGCCUGGGCCGCGGGCUGUUCGUGGACCCGGCGCGGGACAACUUCCGCACCAUGACAAACCUCUACGGCUCCAUCCACCCGGCCGACUCGGUGUACCUCAGCACUCGCACCCACGGGGCCGUCUUCAACCUCGAGUACUCGCCCGACGGGUCAGUGCUGACGGUUGCUUGUGAACAGACUGAAGUUCUGCUUUUUGACCCUAUAUCAUCAAAGCACAUAAAAACACUUUCUGAAGCCCAUGAAGACUGUGUAAAUAAUAUCAGAUUUCUUGAUAACCGGCUGUUUGCUACCUGCUCUGAUGACACUACAAUAGCACUAUGGGAUCUGAGAAAAUUGAACACCAAAGUAUGCACUUUACAUGGUCACACUAGCUGGGUGAAGAACAUCGAAUAUGAUACUAAUACAAGACUCUUAGUAACAUCAGGAUUUGAUGGAAAUGUCAUUAUUUGGGACACCAACAGGUGUACAGAAGAUGGGUGUCCACAUAAGAAAUUUUUCCACACACGUUUUCUCAUGCGAAUGAGAUUAACACCAGAUUGUUCCAAAAUGUUGAUCUCAACAUCCUCUGGAUAUCUCUUGAUUUUGCACGAUCUUGAUUUAACCAAGUCUUUAGAAGUAGGCAGCUAUCCCAUUUUGAGAGCAAGAAGAACUACAUCAAGUUCAGAUCUGACCACUUCAUCAAGUUCAUCUGGUCCUAGAGUUUCUGGUUCACCUUGUCAUCAUAGUGAUUCUAAUUCAUCUUCCGAGAAACACAUGUCACGAGCCUCGCAAAGAGAAGGAGUUUCACCACGAAAUAGUCUUGAAGUCUUAACCCCUAAAGUUCCUGGUGAGAGAGACCGUGGAAACUGCAUCACAUCUUUACAGCUGCACCCAAAAGGCUGGGCCACUCUUCUUCGGUGCUCAAGCAACACUGAUGAUCAGGAGUGGACUUGUGUCUAUGAAUUCCAAGAAGGAGUUCCGGUACGACCUGUCUCACCACGCUGUUCUCUACGACUGACUCAUUACAUUGAAGAAGCCAAUGUAGGCAGGGGUUAUAUCAAAGAACUUUGCUUCAGCCCUGAUGGGCGAAUGGUUUCUUCCCCACAUGCCUAUGGGAUUCGAUUGUUGGGAUUUGACAAACAGUGCAGUGAACUUAUUGACUGUUUGCCCAAAGAAGCCAGUCCCUUGCGGGUGAUCCGUUCUCUGUACUCUCAUAAAGAUGUUGUACUGACGACAAAGUUCUCCCCAACACAUUGUCAGAUUGCCUCAGGGUGCCUUAGUGGACGGGUUUCUUUGUAUCAGCCAAAGUUUUAGGCACAACUUACAACAAAAUAAGCAACUCUUCUGGUGUUUGACAUAUAAAUUGCUUCAAUUGAGGUGAAGUAUUUUCUUUUUUAGACGAUCUUAAAAGUUUGGGUCAAGAUCCUGAUUCUUAUGAACACACCUGUGACCUGAGGACUUGGUCGUCCAGCAUCAUAGGGGCAUUGCCAAGUUAGACUCUAUGCAGCAGCAUCUUGUGCAGCAUUCCUCAGCUCCUGCUGAUCUGUGCCACUGAACCCCAGUUCUGGUUAUUUUGCAUGUUAGCUCUUGUAGAGUUUCUUUUUUCUUUUUUGAUUUUGGUGUGAAUUUUGUGGACAUUUAGCAGGAGUUUUGGUUGGGUUAGAAGAAAUCUGUGACACUAGAAUAAAACCCAAACGUUUGAUGUUGGCAUACUGAUUGUUGAAAAAGAAAUUUCAUCUUCCCUUACCAGUAUAUUUGGUCUUUUAAAGUUGCUGUUAUGUUUCUCAAUAACGAGCACAGAUAAUGGCAUUAUUCUCAUAACUCUUGGAUAGUCUUUCAACAAAAUGUCUUUUAAGCUUCCUGUUAAAAUUAUACAUAGGGUUUUGUUGUGACAUUCUAGAAAAAAUAUUAUCACCUCUCUUUGUAAUUUACUUGUAUGAAUUUUAAAAUCUCUAGCAUGUGUCCUUACUUGGUAUUUUGUUCCUGUCAACAGCAUUAGGGAGGAAGAGGGGAGAAGGAAUGAGCUUUGGUUGUUUCUGUUGUUUAGAAGAGAAUUUAUUUAUUGGAUUAGUACACUAUCUGACCACAGAGUGAUGAGGACAGCGUGUCUCCGAUAUUCUGUUUUCUCUGCCAGAUUAUUUGAAUCACACAGGAUGACAUGUUAUAGUAUUGGGGUGGAGGGGGAAUCGAGAGUAAAGAGAUGGGUUUUACUCAUAUUUCUUUCAUGAGCUAGAUGGCACAAGGUCAACUCUUAGCAUUAGUGAGAGGAGAACUGCUGUCCUCUUCAAGCUGUUGGCAUAAAUGUGGUAGUCAGUGGCUUGGAUGUCAAGACCGAGCUGAUAUGAAGACCUUUUGUUGUGUUUUGUUAUGGAGCAGAGCAAGUAAAAAGCAUAUAGCAGGGCUUAAGCCCAAGGCUGACUGCUCUGCUGAAGUAAGGGGCUUUCCUUUAGUCUCCUCCACUUUGAAUGGUUUGGUGUUCAGAAGGGGUUUGCCAGAAGCUAGAGUAAUUUAAGUCACAUGCUGGCUUUUUCCCUCUUAGAUAACAUUCUCUUAAGCCAGUUGCUCUCAAACAUUAGGGUACAUUAUAAUCAUUGAGGAGCUUGUGAAAAAUACAGAAAAUGCCCUUACCUUAGGAGAUUCUGAUUCUGCCAGGGAGAAGACAGGAAUCUGUAUUUUAACAGGAACACCAAGUAACCUUUAUUCAGAUGGCCCCUGGAUCACUAUUUAUAAAACACUACCUUCAACAUCAGUAAAUACUUUUGUACCCAUCAGGUGCUUAACACAACUCCCAGAAGGUGUUUUGAUUAUUUUUUAAUAAUAAGUAAAUGAAAGCAAUUUUAGAGGUAGAAAAUAACAUAAAGUGAACUCAAUUUCAUUUUUUAAGGAAUGAGAGAAGUGACUUGCCUAAGGUUAUCCUAAAAAAUUAGUGGCAGAGCCAGGACUCGAAUUCAAGUCUCCUAAUUCCUUGCUCAGGGCAAUUUCUACUGUAUUAUGCUGUCUGUUAAAACAAUGCCUAUGAACACUUUAUUUUGUCUUUAAUUUGUAUUAUUGUGAAUACCCUUAAACUGGCUAAGACAUUGGAAAAAGGAAGGCAUGGGAGUAGAUGCUGAGAAUUCCAGCCAUAUGAAGAAAAGUAUUUUAAAUUUUAUAGAAAUGUUUAAGCAACCCAAAUACAUGAAUAAAAAUGACUGUUUUUGUUUUUUUUUGUAGGACCUACCAUACAGCCAUUCACACAUGUAUAAAGGUUACAUCUCACUUGGAACAAUGUUGGCCCUAGGACAAAUUUUUAAAAUUAGAUCAAUUUACCAUGGAUGUUUAAAAUUUGGAAAUUUUUUCAUCAUCAAAAAAAUUAUGACAAAGUACAGUGGAAACACAGGUUUGACAUAAACUAAAAAAAAAAAAAAAAAAAAACACUUAAAAGGAAGUUUUUGAGGCAAAAACACUUAAUGUUAACAUUAAAAAUAAGCUACUAAGUGUAACAAUUGUAUUGAUAAUCAAAAGAAGUUUCCAUAAAUUGUAUCACCUUUGGAGAGAGUUCCAUGUCAGAUACUGGGCACACAUAUUGCCCAGCUCUAAACUUCAGUCAUGAUUGUUUAACAACUGUAGAGCAUCUAUCACGUGUCAAAUAAUGGACAUACUUUACUACUAAUCCUCACAGAAACCUUACAAGGUAGGUAGAGGAGUACCAAUUUACUUUGGAGGAAAUGGAGGGUCAGAAAAUUUAAGUGAUUUGCCUUAAGUCACAGAGCUGGGUGGCAUCACUGGGAUUCAAACCCUGGUCUGUUUUAGUCCAAAGCCUAUGCUUAUUACCCUCCCAUUGUGCCCUUUGGUUGGUAAAGGAUGGUAAACUGGCUGGUUAAUUUACUUGUUUUGCAUCCUCUGGAAGUUCUUUAUUACAGAGCUGGCUUACCUUCUGCACCACAUAAAAGAACAUUUACAAGAUUAAUAGUUUCCAUUAGAAUUAAUACUAUAAACUGCAGAGCAUACAUACAGUCCAUUCCUAACUAAAAAACCUCAAGCAAGACAUGUAACUGUAAAAUAAAGAAAAAUAGAGGAUAAAUAGCCUUAUUAAAAAAAAAAAAUAGAGCCGCACGGAUGAAAUGGGCUGUUAAUGUAAAAAUUAACAGCCAGCAAAGAGAACCUUCGUUCUCUUUGAGGUAUGGUCAUGAUCAAAAAGUCACCAGCGAUAUUAAGGAAUUAAAAGUCUUCAGGAAUGGUAUACUAUUAGAGGAAAUUACAUCUUAUAAUUAAAAGGUCCCAUUUCAUUUACAGUGUAAAAUCAAAUGUAGUGUUUUUUACUCUAAAUUUUAUUUAGUCAUUUUUAUUCAUGAUACUUGGUAAACGUAUUAUAAUUGGUAACAUAGUAUAAUUACUGGGAAGUGUAGUAUAAACUAUACUUUGGUUUUAAAAAGCUUUCUGCAGAACAGUAUCUUUAAGGCAAUGCUAUGUUGAAUGAGUUUAGGAACAUCAAAUGCAUAGUAGUUCCUUAUUUUCAAUUGUGAAAAUGAAGUGGCUAAAGCAGAUGAGAUCUCUAUUUUAAUCUUUUGAAGACGUGUGUGGUCUUUUUCCUCAGAAUCCCAAAGAACAUGUAUAUUUUGUCAUUUCUGCUUGUUACAUCCUGAGAAGAAGCUAUACCAAAAAUUUUAGAAAAACAAGGAAAAGGUAGAUCACACGUUCCCCAUUUCUGUCUAGAACCAAGAUCACAUUAUACUAUUAGUAUUAAAGUUUUGUUUGCUAGAAAGUGCAGUGUAGGAAAAAUAUUCUGAGAAUCUUUUAAAAGCCUAAUGUUUCCCAAUUUGUCAGAAUAUAUGGUAUUGGCAUCCAUAAAUACCUGUUAAGCUUGUGUUUAGUAAGAGAAGUAUUCUGAUAACUUACUAAUGACAAUCAUCCCCAUUUAGUGACCAGCAGUGACAGAGAGCUAUGAAAUUUCAUUACGUAAUAAACUCUGUUGGUCAUAAAGCAUAUAUAUGAAUUUUUGGAUAACUAAUGCAUAUCUCUUAAGUGCCAAAAUUUAAAACUUGUAAUUCUUUUUGAUGUCUUUCAAAUAUGUUAGUAUGUCUCCCUGCCUUCUUCUUAAACAGCAUGCUCAGUAUAAUUCACUUUUUCAUGAUGAAAAGUAAAAGUUAUAUUCAUGUAUCAUUACAAAUAUUCAGUGAGCUCUGAUGUAUAUAAAAUAAUUCAUAAAAUGUAAAGGGCUAUAACAAAUAUGAGUUAAUAUCAAUUAUUAUAAAGUGAUUCCCUCAGCCCUGAGGUAUAUGUAAUCGUUUGCCUCAGAUUGCUGGUGUUUUGUUUUUAAUUUAAAAAUGUUUUAUAUCUGCUAAGCAGUUUAUUCUGUCUCCUUCCACACUAUCUAUAUGCCUGCCUCUAAAAGAUUCCCCACUUCUUCUAAUGUGCCGUGUUCAUGUUAUGAGCUGGAACAUGAGAUAACCAGGCCUGCUUAGUGUCUGCAGAUCUGGGCAAGCUCUGGGUACACAGACUUUGAGAUGGCUCUUUUGGUUGUUUACCACCUUUCUGACAGGUUCACAAAAACCUUCUGGAUAAUAUAAAUUUCCAGUUAAAGGCCUAACCUAGUGUUUCUUUUUUUCAGUUGCCACUAAGUAAAAUACUUCAAGCGAAGGGUGUUGCUAGAUUAAGGAACAAACAGCAAUGUACCAAAGAAUAGCAAAGCAACAACAAAGGCUCUGUAUUUGCACAGGGGUCUUUCAUGCUUUUAAGAAAAAAGAAGAAUACAGAGGGGAAAACAAAAUUAAACCCAGAUAGACUUAAGAGUAUUUUUUAUGCCAUUAAAUAACUAUUAAAAUAUAUGCUUAAAUUAUCACAUGUUGUUACAAAGACACAGUUUAGUCUCAUUGCAGAAUAAGAUUGUACCAAAAUUUAUACUCUAAAGAUGAUUCCUAAGAAUUUCUCCCAUUCAAAUGAUAAUAGAAAUGAUUAUCAAAAGGAAAGUCUCAAAUGUACCAGUAUUCUGCUCUCUUUAGUUAUAAAUGAAUAAGCGGUAGUAAUAUGGGUUUUAUCAAAGUUCCAAGGAACACAUCUCACAUACACACAGAUCCUAUAUGUAUGUGUAAUAAUGUCACUAUAAAUAAAAAUGUCACCCAGAGGUAAUAAAAUAAUUUUUAAAUUUAAAUCUGGUCUAACGUAUUUAAAAUAGAAUUUUCAGCUUUCCUAAGUUUCUUCCUCACUUUUCAUAGUUUUUAACCUUAAAAAUGGAAUAUUUGAAUUUUUUUUUUUAAUUCACUAUAUCUAUUUCCAAACUGUGCUUUCUGGUAACUUUUAGAUUCACAUAUUCAGGAAAUUUGGAAUGCCCUAUACAAUAUACUAGACACCAGGAAGUUUUCUCAGUGGGCUCUGAAGUGCUGUAGUUCUUAUGCUAGACUGUAAGCUCCCUGAGGGCAGGGACUGUCUUAUUUAUUCUUGUGUUCUUGUACAGGAUCUGACAGAGUAGUUGCUUCAUAAAUGGUUGUUGAAUGAAUCAAAUUAACCUUCACCAUAUGCGGCCUCAAAUUCCCAUGAAGCCAGAAUUAUUCAGCACUAAAGGAAUUCAUCAUUUAUUAUCACAGUGAACACACUAUGUGCAUCAGAGUCAUACCUGUGGUCAGAAAAACUAUGCCAACUCAUUGAUCUGGAAAACUGCAAGUUUAAGACUCAGUAUUUCAUUCAACAAACAUUUGAAUCCCUACCAUAUGCUUAGUCCAGUACUAGGGACCCAAGGGACUAAGGUUUUCAUAUUCCAUAGGUGCAGCUGAAACAGACUUCAAUGCAGGGCGAGUGAUCUGUGCAGGCAUAUACGGCUCUGCACUGAGAAAGGUCCCGUGCUUGGUUUAAUGCUUGGCUAAAGCCAUGUUGAAAUUCUUAAUUUUUUCAACAGGGGACCCACAUUUUUAUUGUGCACUGGGCUCAUACAUUAUGUAGCUGGCCUGGCUUGGAUAUGAUCAUUUUGAUAUAAUGGAAACAAAAUGAUCCUAUAUAAUAAAAGCCUAAUAUGCUAGGUGUCUGGUCAACCUGUCGACCAUUCAACCAAUCAAAGCAUGAUAUGCUAAUGAUAUGCUAAGGCUGCUCAACUGCUAGCUAUGAUGUGCACUGACCACCAGGGGGCAGAUGCUCCAACCCGUAGUUUAGCUGCUGCCGGGGUCUGGCUGAUUGGGACUGGGUGAGACAGGGCUGGACACGCCCUGGAGCCCUUCUGCAGUCCCUCCCCAGCCCUGAUGGUGCACUGAUGGGGUCCCUCGGCCUGGCCUGUGCCCUCUUGCAAUCCGGGACCCCUCGGGGGAUGUCGAAGAGCUGGUUUCGGCCUGAUCUCUCAGGCCAGGCCGAGGGACCCCACUGGUGCACGAAUUCAUGCACCGGGCCUCUAGUAAGAAUGAUAUUAUCUUUUCACAUUCAUUGAACUAGCCAUAGUGCAUGAUUUAAUAAAAAAAACUUACAAAAUUUAAAAUUAAAACAGAAGUACUCCCUUCCCAACAAACUUUUUAAAAGAUCAAAUGUUUUUCAUUUAAGAAUUAGGAAAGCUUUCUAAACAUGUAAUUGGCUUUCACCUUUUCAAUUGAUUUUUUGUGUGUGUUUUUAUUCAAUUGAAUUGUUUUGAGUUUUUCAAAUGGAUGAAUGUAGAGUUAUAGAUGAAUUUAUUAUCUAAUUACAUACCUAUAUACAAUUUUAAGGUUUUAAUCUUUUAUUAAUAUAUGCACUGAAUAUUUUAGCAUAAGUCUACCUCAUAAUGUGCUUUUAAAAAAUAAAUGCUACUUUGAAACACUUGACACACUUUUUGUGUGUGGCUAACCUGUUUAAAAGGUUGAUUGGCAAAGUGGCAUUUAGCGGUAGUUUGAAAACUUUUGUUUAAAUCGCUUAGGUGUUCAUCUUUAGACCAGAAUCAGGCAUAAUACUCUGGCAGAGGCAGGGAUUUGGUGGUUCUUGUUGGUGAAAGUCUAAACUUUCUCAAUCAUGUAGCCCUAUCAGAAAAAAUUGGAGAAUACACUCUAAAUUUUGAUUAUUUAUAAAUUAUAUAUAUGCAUAUACUAUUGUACAGAUCUAUAUGUACAUUAUAAAACAUGUAUAGAGAUAAAGGAAAUUUUUAAAAUAUAACAUUAAAAAACUCAGUCCCUUCCAGGGAUCACCUUGUGCUUCCACUGUACAUGCAAUUUUGUUUUGUGAAGAUCACUGUUCUAAACACAGAACUGGCAUUUUACACUGAAAACACAUUUAUUAAGAUCUGAUCCAUUCACAUCUGUUCAUUUACACAUUUAUUCAAUAUGAAUGUUUUGUAGAGUUUCAUAAAUUAGUUCUUUAUUCAGUGAAAAUAAUAUUCAUAUAAAUAGAAAGCAUAGUUGACAAAAUUCUACUUUUGUUUGUCAAGCUAUGUACAGUAAUUGCUUCUCAUGUAGACAAAUUAGAACAUGCUAUUUUUUUUUCAGUGUUCCCUAAGAAUAAUUUUUUAAUAUUAUUUAACAGGGUGAUUAGUGGUUCAUUUCACCAUACCACUUUAAUUCACUAGAAAAAUGAUAAUCAAAUUUGGUACACUCACUUUUUUGGUAAGCCAUUGAGAAAAAUAGAAUAAAUUCCUUUCAAUUAUUUUGUGAAAUUAACCAUUUAGAUAAACUGAUUUAACUAACCACAGCACUAAUUAUUUCAGUUAUUCCAAUGACUGACAUGAUAUGGACUAUUUAAAAAUAGAUUUUUUUAAAUUUAACAGGAAAUGAUUAUUUGGCAUGCAUUUAUACUAAUGAAUCAACAACUUAUAUUAGUUUACUAUUCCUUUUUUAAAAUAUAUUUUUAUUGAUUUCAGAGAGGAAGGGAGAGGAAGAGAUAGAAACAUCAAUGAUGAGAGAAUCGUUGAUUGGCUGCCUCUUGCACAACCCCCACUGGGGACCAAGCCCACAACCCAGGCAUGUGCUCUGACCAGGAAUCGAAUCGUGACCUCCUGGUUCAUAGGGCGAUGUUCAAACACUCAGCCACACUGGCUGGGCUAGUUUCCUAUUUCUGAUGUAACAAAUUACCAGGGACUUAGUGGUUAAAACAACAAAUUAAUGUUCACUGAGUUUUCUUCCAGACCCUUCCUUCUGACAGAAGACAGGAAAAGUGGUGCUCAGUCUAGCAUGUGUUCAAGGCACCUGGAGGGCUUCUUAAGACAGACUGCUGGGACCCCAUCCAGACUUUCUGAUUUCAUAGGUUUGUGGUGAGAGCCCCCAUUUUGCAUUGCUCACCCAUUCCCUGUGGCUGCUAUAGUUCUGGAAACCACAGUUUGAGAACUAUGGAUAUUGAAAAUGUAGAGUUUGGAUUUCUCAUGGAUGCCAGAUCCCACGGAUCUUUAUGUAGAUAAAGCCAUUUUAGAGAAGAUCUUAACUUCGGAGGUUGAUAUUAUAGAUGGACAACGUGCAUCCCAUCAACUACACUAUUUAGUACAUUGUCAGUUUGGCAGUCCUUCAGUGAGAGCUAAGACUUUCCUAAUUUAAUAUGAUAUUGAAGUUACUGAGCAGCGAGUUAAGCUAAGAUCGUCUUACCUUCUCAGGAACAGACUGGUGCCCUGUGGCUUGUCUUCUAACUCAGAAAGAGGAGCACUGCUACAGUAAUGCCCCUCUCUGGUGUGAGCUGGGCAGAGCUGCAGCCACCAGAAAAGGAACGAACUAACCAUGGCAGAGACAACUCAAGAUGCUUCUUAACCUUUCUAUAGGAAAUAGCUGUUUCCAUUUAAAUUAUGGGUACACUAGAUUGCUGCAUUAAAAUUAACUUGCAAAAGCUUUCACUUUAAAAGGCUAGUCUUUGGGGAAAAGGAAGGAUCCAAAUUUCAUUGUGAAAGAAUUACUUUUUAAAAGUUCAAUACAAAGUAUCAGAUCUAUUCUGAAUACAUUGUAUUUAUUAAGCAGUUAUUACCUAACUAGAGGACCGAUGCAUGAAAUUUGUGCAAGGGGCUCGGCCCUCACAGCCCCGGUCAUCUGGAAGGUCGUUCAGGUGUUUGGUCUAAUUAGCAUAUUAGCUUUUUAUUUAUAUAGGAUAGUAUUUUUGUGCGUGUAUAUAAUUAAUAAAUGUAUAUAAUUAAAAGAAGGAUUUCCUGGCAUUUAUUGAAAGUCGCAGAGUAUUGGCAGGAAAAUCAUGAUCCCUACCCUGGUCCCUCAAAGGGGUCAGUAGAUUCCUCACCUCUGGGGUAGUCUCAAUAAGAAAUAAAUUGAUUAGGCUCUAUUUUACCCACCAGCCCUGUCACAACCUGUGAGGGGUAUACUAAGAAUAACUAAACUAAAAGAACUAAACUCAAUCUCUCAAUAUAUCAGUAAUACCAAAUAUUGUGAUAAACCCCCAAAUGAUUUUUCUCAACAUUUUAUUAUAAAAAUGUUCAAACAUACAGCAAAGUUGAAAGAAUUUUACAGUGAACAUCUGUUUACCAAGAUUCUACCAUUAACAUUUUACUAUGCUUGUUUUAUCAAAUACUCCAUCCAUCUUAAUUUUUAUGUAUUUUGAAUAAAUUACAGAUAUCUGUACACAUCCUUCUAAAAAUCCUCAGCAAUACAUAUCAUUAACUAAAGUUCAGUAUUUUUUCUUUUGUUGAAAAAUUUCAUUGAUGCCCACAAAUAUUAAUGGCAUGCCCUCUAAGUUUAUACAAAUGUAUACACUUGUAUACAUUUGCCCAAACCUGUAUCAAUAUACGUAGAUUACAGUACCACCAUCACCCCAGAAAGUCCCCUCAUGACCCUUCCCAGGUAAGUCCCUUCCCCAUCCCUCCCAGAAGCAGCCAGGUGUUUUUUUCCCCCCACCAUAGAGUUGUCUGAAUGUCAUAUGAAUGGAAUCAUACAUUAUGCAUUCCCCAUGAUGUUUUUAAAAGACACAUUCUUAGCCUGGCUGGCGUGGCUCGGUGGUUGAGUGUUGACCUGUAAACCAGAUCACAGUUUGAUUCCCAAUCAAGGCACAUGCCCAAGUUGUGAGCUCCAUCCCCAUUGGAGGGCGUGGAGGAGACAGCCAAUCAAUGAUUAUCUCUCUCCCUUCAUCUGUGAAAUAAAUCAAAAUACAUCUUUUUUAAAAAAAAAAAAACAACACAACAAAUUCUUAGAAAAAGUGUCUCUGAAACAGGGAAAGUAAUAGUGAUAAAGACAACAUCUGGGAUCAGAUUUUGAGUCAUUCAUUGAGCAGAUGUGAGACUCUCUAGUCUGUGGAUACAAAGACAUUGUGUCUUGAAGGACACAGCACACCAUGGGAGAGCAGGUUGAGACAGUCACCACAUGCACAGACCUAAUUUAGCCUGGAGUCACUGGGGCAUCAAGGGAGGUUUAAAUUUUUACUUUGGAACUUGUCUCAGGCACCCAAUGCUCUAUUUCCACAAGUCUAGAAUCUUAUAAUUCAAAAUGAUUUGUCUUUAAGUAAGGGCAGUUUUAUAGUACUGACCAAAUGUUGGCAAAUUUGCUAAACAAAUAAAAAAUAAACAAUAAAAGGCACAAAUUGAAAUUAGUAGAUAGUUAGCAUUGCCCCCAGACACAAACCCAACAUGCAUUCCUGCCCCUGGGCCCUGAGCUGCAGAAGCUUUGAAGAGCCCCAAAGCGCCACCACGAAGUUUUCAUCCUCUUGGACUUCGCCUUAGCUUUCUCAAGGCCUCACACCUAUUACAUCUCCAAGUUCAGGCCCUCACUUAACUUCUUUCCUCUUUACCUUCAUAUUUUACACACAGAUUACCAAAGAAAAGUCUUUAGUUCCCAUACAUACCCACUUUUUCCUACUUGAAACUAUGCCUCUUUCCUAGUGGAGUGAGGAGUGAAGAGCCCAAAAACCCUGUACAUUUCUUUCUUAAAUGAUUUUCCCAGAAAACUAGAAGGAUUAAGGGAAGUUCUGAAGCUUCUUUUUACCCAAGAGAAAGCUCUAGGCCAGGAGCCACCCAUUACUUGACCCUUGUAACUAAAUGAAUUUAUUUCCCUUGUGUGGUGUGCUCUGUACCAGCAACUAACUGCUGACUAAUCAUGACUAGUUUUAUUGUUGAUGAUUAAAACGUUCUUCUUGCCCUUCAUCACCUUCAUUAGGCUUAGUUCUACAAGUUACAGUGCCAGAAGGGAUAAGGAAAAUGGAGUGCCUGGACAUACACGCAAUCUUGAUGCAUGCAGGAACUUUUCUUUUGGUCUCAAAUUGGCUACACAUUUCUCAGAUGAAAGGAUAGCUGCCAGUGUUAAAAAGGAAAAUCAAGAACUCACCAGUCAUUUAGCUCAUAAAUGUUACGGACUUCGUGUUUGUGCCACCCAGAAAGCUAAUAGGUUGAAACCCUCAAUGUGAUGGUAUUUAGAAAUGAGGCCUUUGAGAGGCAAUGAGGUGUAAAUGAGGUCAUGAGGAUCUCUCUGCCAUGAGAGGGCACAGUGAGAAGUCUGCACACUAAGAAGAGGCCUCUCACCAGGAGUCAAAUCUGCCAGCACCUUCAUCUUGGACUUCCCAGCCUCCGGAACUGAGAGAAAUGUCUGUUGUUUAAGCCAUCCACUCUAUGGUAUUUCGUUAUGGCAGCCUGAGCAGUGUAAACAUCCUUUCCUAAACCUCCAUGACCCCUCAAGGAAUGAAGGUCAGACAGGCUGUUACAGAAUGCUGUGAUCCUGAAUAGCCACGUGUCCCUUCACUCUGAUUCCUAGAGAAAUAUUUAUACCUAUCAGGUGUCAGUCACCUGCCAGGCACUUGAAACACUGAAAUCUAGAGCAGAAUCCCUGCCUUAUGGAGCUGGCAUUGGAAAGGGGGAAAAAGCAUACAAUAAUCACCAUAUAGUUAAAACAGGGAUGUGAUAGCAAUAGAACAUUUAAAAGGGGGACCUGACUUAGUCCUGCAAGUGUGGGCUGUAUUCUCUAAAGUGGCAGCUGAUCUUACUCUCAAGUCCUCAGCGGGAAUUAAUGAGUGAAUCGGCAGGGUGCGGUGUACGGGCAGAGGACCUCUGCAUGGGUCAAGGCCAGGCGGCUCCAGGAUGGAAGUCCUUGUGCUGAGGGCAGUGACUGGGCAGGCAGUUUUAGCUAGAGAUGAGAGUAAAGGUGGCAGGGCCUGGAUCAUUUCAUCUAAAAAGAUCAGUCAGCAACAUGAAGAAUGGAUUAGAGAUGAGAAUUUAGAUAAAUACUAGUCUCAAUUUCUGCUUCAAAAUCAGAUAGGUUCAUCUGGG